AGUUGCUUCUACUUCUUAGUUCCCUACAUGAAUACAUUCGUAGGAGCUUCUACAUCGGUGCAAAAUGAUCCCAUGAAGAAGGCGAAAAAGGCAAAUAAGAAUAAGAAACCCAAUUCAUACCGGUGCUGGUUUCUUGCAGUGGGAAGAAACGAGUUUCGUCACAGGAAAGUAAAAAAGACGAAGAAAAAUAAGAACUCCAGUCCAUACUGGUACUGGUUUCUUGAAGUGGGCAGAAAGGAAUUUUAUCGCAGAUAUGGCAGGGAUUACAAUCACGACUGCGAAGACGAUAGAGCGCUUAUUACAGAGCUUUGGGAUCCUGUAAAGGAAGCGUGGGACAAAAAUAUGUUGAAAAGGAAAGAGGAUUUGAAAGGAAUUAUCCGCGAGUUCUAUUCAUUUGGAGAGAAUGAGAGAGCAAAUCAAUCCUUCAUCAAAAGGAGGCCUACAGACCAUCGCCCUCCAAGUUUCCCCCUACCAAAUCGACCGUGCGAGUCGAUCGAACAAUAUGACGUUCGUGCAAGGCGAGAAAAUGGAAGACUUGACCUGUUAGAUAGGCUCAAAUUCCUUGAUGCUCAGAAAGCCGAGUUCUCAUCCGUCGUACUGCAGCUGAUCUCUGUUUUUCCUUAUACUACUGCAUUCUCAUCAAUUGGUGAUUUUUGUGUUUAUCCAGCGGAAAUCUCUGUCACUCACUUUACCUUGGCAAAUGGAGCUAGUGCUAGCUGGUCAAAGCUUAUUUCUUUUCAUCCGGAUAUGUUUUAUGGAAGUCCAGUUCCACCUUGGGAUCAGAAUAAUGUUGCACGUAAUGCAGCGGCAUUGGAUAUUCCAACGAAAGAAGUUGUCGGUGUUGCACCACAUGAAGUUUGGAGAAUGUUAAGAGAGCGGCAUAGUCCCCGAGCAAUCACGAUAUGCGAUGCUAAUCAGCUGUUGUUGGUUGAUCGCUCCCUGUUUUUCCUGGCAUGUACUGCUGGAGAAACUGAAGUAGCCGUCUAUAGAGAAUGGAUAUCUUCGAUGGUUACUGCACAAGAUCUGGUACUUGCCUUAGCAAAGCACAAAGCAGAUACUGAGCGUAGCAGUGUUCCUGAAAAAUUCACUUAUGAGGAAGUUGAUAGAGAAUUCAAGCGCUUGAGGGAAACUACAAGAUGUUGUACAUAUCACACUAACAGGCCACCCGACCAUGAUUCUAGGCAGAAGUGCGCUCUUGCAAAAAAUGACGUCAUAAUUGACACAAUUUAUUCUCUUUGCUGCACCGGUGAUCUGGCUAACUUUCGUAGUCUUUACAAUCCUGAGGUGCACUCGGUUGGUAUAGAAGGUGGAAUUCAAGAGGAUGUGGCCGAUCAAGAUAUCACUAAUGCUACAAACUUGGCAGAUUUUGAUGAGACGUCUUCAGAGGAGGACAGUGAUGGUUCUCCGAAAGGAUUUGUGAUGGAGUAUCGAGUUGUUAAAACUGUGCCAGAUUCUCCACCAGAAAAAGAAAAAACAGCGGUGGACCUCGCUGCAGCCAUUUCACGCUUAUUGCGUGAAUCCACCCUUGACUGUGACCAUCCAUUCUCCGUAUAACACGAUAUGGCAUUAGUGAUAAUAUUCUGCGGGUCGAAUGCAUCAAGAAAAUUGUUGCACUUAGCUUACAUGAAUGCCUUCUCAUUUUGGUGUGCAAAAAAUUAUUGUAGUAGAGUCUGAGUCAAUCAAUAUUUAUGCUCCUCAGAGGUUUGCAUAUAAGAUGAAUACUCGUUAUAUUGGAGUGAUUUACCGAUGUCUGCCGUCUUGCAGUACUUGCAUCCGUUGCGCAACGCUAAAU